AUGUCGGGUCUCUUCGGUGGUGGUGCCGCAACGAGCACUGCUGGCCAGACAAAUACCACUGGCGACAUCUCGAAAGAUGUGCCAUUGAACCAGCCCCCAGAGGAUGGUAUUUCAGAUCUUCGUUUCUCUCCUACCACCGAGCACCUGGCCGUCGCAUCAUGGGACAAGAAAGUUCGCAUUUACGAAAUCAAUGAACAAGGACAGAGUGAAGGCAAGGCGCUUUUCGAACAUGAAGCCCCUGUCUUGAACUGCUGCUGGGCACCUGAUGGAAGCAAGGUCGUUGGUGCCGGUGCUGACAAGGCUGCUCGUCUGUUUGAUAUCGCUUCCGGCACUACUACCCAGGUGGCCGCGCAUGAUGCCCCAAUUCGAAGCUGCCAUAUGAUCCCCAACCCUAGCGUGGGUGGAUCACCACUUCUCAUUACCGGUUCAUGGGACAAGACCGUCAAGUACUGGGACCUCCGUCAAUCGACUCCCAUCGGCCAGAUUGAAUGCCAGGAUCGCGUAUACACAAUGGACGUCAAGAACAAGUUGCUGGUCAUCGGAACCGCUGACCGCUAUAUCAACAUCAUCAACCUCGACAACCCCACCAAAUUCUACAAGACCUUGCAGUCCCCCCUCAAGUGGCAGACUCGGGUAGUCAGCUGCUUCUCUGAUGCCUCAGGAUUCGCCGUGGGCAGUAUCGAGGGCCGCUGCGCCAUUCAGUAUGUUGAAGAGAAGGACUCUGCCUCCAAUUUCUCCUUCAAGUGCCACCGUGAAACCCCUCCUAACACCCGCGACAUCUGCAACAUCUACUCUGUCAACUCGAUUUGCUUCCAUCCUGUCCACGGUACAUUCAGCACUGCUGGUAGUGACGGUACGUUCCAUUUCUGGGACAAGGAUGCUAAGCACCGAUUGAAGGGUUACCCGGCUGUCGGCGGUCCCAUCACCAGUACUGCGUUCAACCGCACUGGAAACAUCUUCGCUUACUCCGUAAGCUACGACUGGAGUAAGGGCUACUCGGCCAACACACAAGCUUCUCCCAACAAGGUGAUGCUGCACCCUGUAGCUCCCGACGAGACUAAGCCUCGUCCUGGUACGCGAAAGCGGUAA